AUGGGAAACUCCCUGGCAAAACCAGGCGAAAGCCUUGAAGUUGAAGAUCCUACCCUAGAAUCACCAGAAGAAGACGACAAUGCAAGCUUUACUUGCGAGAUUUGCAUCGAACCCUUCUUCACAAAAAACAAAUUUACCCACUGCAAGAACCCUUCUGCUCACAAUUUUUGUAAAGAAUGCAUAGCCAAAUACAUUCAGCUCAAGAUUGAACUUCGCAAGGCAAAGAUUCAAUGCCCUGGAUUGAACUGCCAACAAGUUUUAGAGCCUCUCGCGUGCAGAGAAAUAAUCUCAGAAAGCGUUUUUUCAAAGUGGUGUGAUAAUCUCUGCGAUGAUUAUGUUCUAGGGUUUGAAAGAAGCCAUUGCCCUAAUAGGGUUUGCGGGGAGGUGGUGGUGAAUGAGUGCGGCGGGGCUGUGAAGAAAAGCAAGUGUCCGAAUUGUCGGGAAGUAUUUUGUUUCGGGUGCUCAGCGGCGUGGCAUCCGGGGUUGAGAUGUGCAGAAAAUAGAAGUGUUAGGGAGCCGAAUGACAUUUUGUUUCUGCAACUGGUGGAGAGAAAAGCUUGGAUUAAUUGCCCUGGUUGUGAACACUUUGUUGAGCGCAUUGACGGCUAUGCCGGACUAAGUUUUGCUAUAAAUGUGGGAAACUUGUGGGUCAAUGCAGAUGUGUCAACUCUUGCUGCAAUCGGCCUGAAAUUCAAGGAUUGCUCUGCAUAUCGGUUCUAA